AUGGCUUACCGCUUAAUAACCCAGGUCAUCUUUAUCGGCACCCGUGUGGUCGGCCGCGCCUUCGCCGAAGCCUACAAGCAAGCAUCCGCCUCGUCGAGCUACCAAAGGGCGCAGCAAAAAGCAGGCGGCUCGGUCUCGGGCCGCGCCAACCUGUCGUCGGGCAUGACGCUGGAGGAGGCCGUCAAGAUCCUCAAUGUGAAACCGCCACAGGGCGGCAAGGCCGACAUGGAGGAGGUCAUGGACCGCUUCAAGCGCCUGUUCGACGCGAACGACCCGCAGAAGGGCGGCAGCUUCUACCUGCAGAGUAAAAUCCUGAGGGCGCGCGAGCGCAUUGAAGCCGAGAUAAAGCCCGCGCAGGAGAAAGCGGCCCAGGAGCAGGAGGUCAAGGAGGGUUGGAAGCCGAAUAUCUACAAGGACAAAUGA